AUGUCUGGACGAGGAAAAGGUGGUAAAGGUCUAGGAAAGGGCGGUGCCAAACGUCACCGAAAGAUUCUACGAGACAACAUUCAAGGAAUUACAAAGCCUGCUAUUCGUCGAUUGGCCCGUCGUGGUGGUGUCAAACGUAUCUCUGGUUUGAUCUACGAAGAAACUCGAGGUGUCCUCAAAGUCUUCUUAGAAAACGUCAUUCGAGACGCAGUCACCUACACUGAACACGCCAAACGUAAAACCGUCACAUCAUUGGAUGUCGUCUAUGCCCUCAAACGUCAAGGAAGAACUCUCUACGGAUUUGGUGGUUAA